GUCGUCUCUCUGUUCCCUGAACUAUAUCCCAAAGAAUCUGCCAGAUCACUCCGUCGCUUAAAAACCCUAAAAAUCUCUCCGCCGUCUCACCCAUCAUGGCGACACCGAAUCUAGAGUGCCGCAUGUACGAAGCCAAGUACCCGGAGGUAGACAUGGCGGUGAUGAUCCAGGUCAAAUCCAUCGCCGACAUGGGAGCCUACGUGUCGCUCCUCGAGUACAACAACACCGAAGGCAUGAUCCUCUUCUCCGAGCUCUCCCGCCGUCGGAUCCGGAGCGUCAGCAGCUUGAUCAAGGUCGGGAAAAUCGAGCCCGUCAUGGUCCUGCGUGUCGACAAGGAGAGGGGCUACAUUGAUCUGAGCAAACGUAGGGUUAGCGAGGAGGAUAUUCAGACUUGCGAAGAGAGGUAUAACAAGAGCAAGCUCGUUCAUUCUAUCAUGCGCCAUGUUGCUGAGACUCUUUCUCUCGAUUUGGAGGACUUGUAUGUGAACAUUGGUUGGCCUCUGUACCGAAAGUAUGGUCAUGCUUUUGAGGCCUUCAAGGUCUUAGUGACUGAUCCUGAUUCUGUGUUGGGUUCCCUCACCCGUGAGAUCAAAGAAGUGGGUCCUGAUGGGCAGGAGGUUACUAGAGUUGUACCUGCUGUUACGGAAGAAGUGAAAGAAGCACUUGUGAAGAACAUUAGGAGGAGAAUGACACCACAACCAAUGAAAAUCCGUGCUGAUAUUGAGUUGAAAUGUUUUCAGUUUGACGGAGUUGUUCACAUCAAGGAGGCCAUGAGAAAGGCUGAAGCUGCUGGAAACGAUGACUGUCCUGUUAAGAUUAAAUUGGUUGCUCCACCUCUGUAUGUCCUUACUACUCAUACUCUUGACAAGGACCAAGGGAUUAAAAUUCUAGACGAGGCCAUAGUAGCUUGCACUGAGACAAUUGAGGAACACAAAGGCAAACUUGUCGUUAAGGAGGCACCUAGAGCUGUGAGUGAAAGAGAUGAUAAGAUGCUGACAGAACACAUGGCGAAGCUAAGAAUGGACAAUGAAGAAAUUAGCGGCGAUGAAGAGAGUGGAGAAGAAGAAGAGGACACAGGGAUGGGCGACGUUGAUAUCGACGGUGGCGCCGGAAUCAUUGAGUAGAAUUUGCCUGGUUUUCCAACUAAUUUUCUUUCGAUUUGUUCUGUCAGUCUCGAGUAUAUUUUGCUUUAAAAGUAGAAAAAACAUCCGAGAGUUACCCGUUUGAGGGGUUACAUAUCAAUCAUUACAUUCAUGACAAUGUUAUAAAGAUUGAUUUAUUUUUGCACUAGAA